UCAUCACUGGCCGCCGAGACGGAGUCGGACCAUGGUUUCACUGGCCCAACCUACCCAGGGCACCUGGCUGCAAGUUGGUAUAGGAGUAGCCACAGUGGCCCUGUAUGGGAAAGUGCCCUUAUAACACGGCAGCAUCAGCACGUGAAUCACCGGGCACGAAGCCACACCCACUCUUCUGGUUCUAUGGCCGCUGUGCGGGAAUGGUCUUGCACCCGCUGCACGUUCCUGAACCCCGUAGGACAGCGCCAAUGCUCCAUCUGCGAGGCCCCACGUCAGAAGCCCGACCUCAACCAAAUCCUGCGCCUCAGUGUAGAAGAGCAGAAAUGGCCCUGUGCUCGCUGCACCUUCCGGAACUUCUUGGGCAAAGAGGCCUGCGAGGUGUGUGGCUUCACCCCUGAGCCUGGGCCCGGGGGCUCCCCACUGCCCAUCAUCAACGGAGUCCUGCCAAAGCCCACCACCUUGGUAGAGCCCAAGGGCACCAGCAAGGAGGAACUUCCCAAGGCCGAGAGCCCUGGUGAGGACUCUGGGGGGAAGAGCCCAGAGGAAGUGGGGCUGGAGGAUGGCUGGGCCUGCCAGCGCUGCACCCUUCACAACACCCCAAUGGCCAACUCGUGCUCGGCCUGUGGGGGCCCCCGCAAGCUCUCGCUGCCCAAGAUCCCCCCAGAGGCGCUGGUCGUCCCUGAAGUCAUCGCUCCUGCCGGCUUCCACAUAGCACCCACCACCCCUCAGCCCAGCGUUGCUACGGACAAUCCCGAGAGCCAUCCCAUUGCCAACCCAGGUGCAUCCACAGUUGAGCAAGAGAGCCAGAAGAUGCCAAGCUUUAGCCUUUUCUCCCCCGGCCUCCAAAACAACCCCGUUCCCCGCAGCCGCCGAGAGGUGCCCCCCCAGCUGCAGCCACCGGUGCCUGAGACCUCCCAGCCAGCCUCCCCACCAGCACCUGUGCAAAAGGCCAUUCGCUUCCAGGAGCUGAUGGCAACAAAGCGGCUGAGCGUGCUGGAAGAAGAAAUGGAGGUGAGCCCAUCGCCCUGGAAGUGCAGCACCUGCUCCCUUCUCAACACCUCGGGAGCUGGCACCUGCGAGGCCUGUAGCACCCAGAAGGGAAGUGACACCAUUGACUUGACUGGCGAUUCUGUGCGCUUCACUCCCUGCGGUCCAUCCAGCCCCGAUUUCACCACCUGGUCCUGUUCCAAGUGCACGUUGAAGAACCCCACAGCCUCUCAGAAGUGCAAGGCCUGCGGCUCCUCCAAGCUGCAUGGCUUCCAGGAACACGGCACGCAGGGAGAGUUGGCUCUCAAAUGCCCUGAGUGUGGCUCAGACAAAGGCAGUUGCCCAGCCUGCAGCUCUAAGGCCCCCUCGGCCCGCAAAGUGGCCCGCCUCUUCCCCUCGCAACCACCUGUGACCCCAGAAAGGCCCAGCCAGUGGCCUUGCCCAGCUUGCACGCUGCUCAAUGAGUUCAAAGCCAAGCACUGUGUCGCCUGCCACACUCCCCAGGGCUACCUGUUGCAGCGCAAGGGCGCCAAGCCACUCAGGCGCCGGGAGAGUAUGCACGCAGAGAAGCGGCGGCAGACAGAUGAGGGGGAGGCCAAAGCCCUCUGGGAAAACAUUGUCUCCUUCUGUCAAGAGAACAAGGUCAACUUUGUGGAUGACAGUUUCCCUCCAGGGCCCAAGUCAGUUGGCUUCCCCGAAGGGGACAGUGUCCAGCAGCGAGUGAAGCAGUGGCUGAGGCCUCAUGAAAUCAACUGCAGCAUCUUCAAGGACCGUUCAGUCAAGUGGUCUGUUUUCCGGACACCUCGGCCCUCUGACAUCCUGCAAGGGCUCCUGGGAAAUUGCUGGUUCCUCAGUGCUCUGGCUGUGCUGGCAGAAAGGCCUGAGUUGGUGGAACGGGUCAUGAUUACACGGACCAUGUGCCUGGAGGGAGCCUAUCAGGUGCGGCUUUGCAAAGAUGGCACCUGGACCACUGUGCUGGUGGAUGACAUGCUGCCCUGUGAUGAGUGUGGCUACCUCCUCUUCUCUCAGGCCCAGAGGAAGCAGCUAUGGGUGGCCCUUAUUGAGAAGGCCCUGGCCAAACUCCAUGGUUCGUACUUUGCCCUCCAGGCAGGGCGCGCUAUUGAAGGCCUAGCUACGCUAACCGGCGCCCCCUGCGAGAGCCUGAUGCUGCAGGUCAGCUCCACUAACCCUCGCGAGGAGCCCAUUGACACUGACCUCAUCUGGGCCAAAAUGCUGAGUUCUAAGGAGGCUGGCUUUCUGAUGGGUGCAUCCUGUGGAGGAGGCAACAUGAAGGUGGAUGAUGCAGCCUACGAAAGCAUGGGCCUUCGUCCACGGCAUGCGUAUUCCAUAUUAGAUGUCCGAGAUGUGCAAGGGUGCAGGCUCCUGCGACUCCGUAACCCCUGGGGCCGCUUCUCCUGGAACGGUAGCUGGUCUGACGAAUGGCCCCACUGGCCGGCACAUUUGCGGCAUGAGCUGAUGCCCCACGGGAGCAGUGAAGGGGUCUUCUGGAUGGAGUACAGUGACUUCAUCAGGUAUUUCGACUCAGUGGACAUCUGUAAGCUCCAUUCAGACUGGCAUGAGGUUCGUGUGCAGGGCACCUUUCCUAACAAAGCCAGUGGACCCAUUACCGUCACCUCACUGACUGUGCUGGAGCGUGCAACUCUGGAGUUCGCCCUUUUCCAGGAAGGCAGCAGGCGCUCGGACACAGUGGACAGCCACUUGCUGGACCUUUGCAUCAUGGUCUUCCGAGCCACCUUCAUCAAUGGCAGCAAGCUCAGCCUGGGCCGCCUGAUGGCGCACAGCAAGCGGGCAGUCAAGAAGUUUGUCAACUGUGAUGUCAUGCUGGAGCCGGGCGAGUAUGCGGUGGUGUGCUGUGCCUUCAACCACUGGACUACCCCACUGACAGGCACCUCCUCAAGCCAAGUUUCCAGCCCUACUACUGGCAAUGCAUGCCCAGCUGCUGACAUCUCCAGCUACAUCCUGGCCAUCUACAGCUCCCGCUUGGUGAUGGUGGAACAGAUCGAGGCUCAGUCCACCACACUGGCAGAUGCCAUCAUUCUUCUCACCGAGAACAAGGGCGAACGGCAUGAGGGGCGCGAGGGGAUGACUUGCUACUACCUGACACAUGGCUGGGCAGGUCUCAUUGUGGUGGUGGAGAACCGGCACCCUAAAUCCUACCUGCACGUCCAGUGCGACUGCACAGACAGCUUCAACGUUGUGUCGACACGAGGCAGCCUCAAAACGCAGGACAGUGUGCCCCCUCUGCACAGGCAGGUUCUAGUGAUUCUGUCGCAGCUGGAAGGCAACGCCGGUUUCUCCAUCACCCACCGCCUGGCACAUCGCAAAGCCACCCAGGCCUUUUUGAAUGACUGGAUGUCGACCAAGGGGACGCACAAUCCGCUGCUGACGCCCGAGGUGGCGGGGCUACAUGGGCCCCGGCCGCUAUGACAAAUGGCCCCACACUCCCUGCCGCUCUUCUCCUUCUGCCUUUUUUCUGGCCCCACUUGUCUCAGGCGUUGCCCGAGCCGCCAUUACUGAGCCAUCAGGAUUGAGAAGGAUGGACAGACAGACUGGGUGUCUCAAGCCAAGCGCCUUUCCUCCCAUCCCCUGGGGUCAGGCAGGGAGCUGCUCAGGUUCCCCCUCCCUUGAAAUCCUCUCUCCCUCCCCUCCCCACCUGCCUCCCCACAGAUGAUGCACUUUAUCCAGAGCUGCUGUCAAGAUAGGAGAGCAAGGGAAUGUCACAGCACUGGAGAGGGACGUGUCCCAGCCCCAGGUGCAGGCGGCGCUCAGAUGCUCCCAGGCGCCAGGUCCUGGGACUCGACCCUUCCCACAGCCGCCAAAAAUCCUAAGGCUGUUGCAACAAUAAUAUACCUCUGGCCAAUG